AUGGAACGACCAACUAAGCGCCCGCGAUGGGAACCGCCGACCACAAACGAUCAAGCCGGGCCAACCACCCAAGCAUCAUCGAGUCGACAAGAGCAUCCCCACGAGUUCACCCACUUCGGCGGUACGGGCCUCCAAAAUCACAGUGGGAGUAUCAAUGUCAGAGGGAACUUGAACAUCGGUAGUCCUGCUGUAUUGGGUGGGUCCAGCAGUCACCAACAAUCGAUCCUUGAAUCUUUGCGAUUUGAUCAAAUGGACUCACGGCACGCGAGCAUCAAAAAAGCAUUCAGGAACACUUGCAAAUGGUUUCUGCAGACACCAGUCUAUAAAGAAUGGGAGAACAAGGAUCCAUCGCAAGAUGAGAACCACUUCUUGUGGAUCAAGGGGAAGCCCGGAGCCGGCAAAUCAACGUUGAUGAAGUUCUUGUAUCAACAGAUGCAGUCAAGAAGCAAGAAAAGCAAUGAUGUUCUCAUCUCUUUCUUCUUCAAUGCCAGAGGUCAUGCCUUGGAAAAGUCAACUGUUGGUCUAUAUCGGUCACUUUUGGUCCAACUACUCGAGAAGCAGCCCAGUUUGCUGGACAAGCUGGACACGCCCCACCAGUAUGGAAACUGGGAUGUUGAUUCCUUGAAAACCCUGUUUGAGCAAGCUAUACAGGGCAUGGGUCAGACUUCAGUUGUUUGUCUAGUCGAUGCACUAGAUGAGUGCGAAGAGGACGAGAUCAGAGAAAUGGUUGGUUUCUUCACUGACCUCGUCUGCACCGAAAAUCAGCUUUCGAUUUGCUUUGCAAGCAGACAUUACCCAUAUAUCACCGUUGAAACGGGAUUGAGCAUCAUUCUUGAGAAGCAAAACGAGCACCAAGAUGAUAUCGCUGCAUAUCUGGGAACAGCCUUGCGUAUUGGGCACGAUCAGCUUGCGGAGAAGAUCCGUCUCGACCUACAAGAAAAAGCUUCCGGAGUUUUUAUGUGGGUUGUGCUUGUGGUUGAUAUCUUGAACAAGGAGUUCGAUGCAGGCCGCAGGCAUACCCUAAGAGAGAAAGUAAAGCAACUUCCUGCCAAUCUGCACGAGCUUUUCCGCGAUAUCCUCACUCGUGAUAGCAAUCACCAGGAUGCACUUCUUCUUUGCAUUCAAUGGGUUUUAUUCGCCAAGCAACCCCUAACACCAAAGGAACUAUACUUUGCAAUCUUAUCUGGGUACGAGCCACAAUAUCUGGUGGACUGUCAUUCUGACAGCAUUUCGGACGAGGAUAUUUACAAAUACAUUCUCAACAACUCGAAAGGUGUCGUGGAAAAUACCAAGGCCAAGAUACCAAGAGUCCAGUUCAUUCAUGAGUCCGUCAGAGAUUUCCUGUUGAAAGAAGGUGGACUUGGUCAAAUCUUCCCUGCCUUGAAGGUCAAUACCCAUGGUCAAAGUCACGAAGCACUAAAACACUGUUGCCUCACCUACAUGAAUGUAGGCACGAGAAUUGAGACAAAAGUGGAGGAUCCCACCAGUCAGACCACAAAACAGGCCCUCCCUUUCCUGGAGUAUGCCAUAGCUGGUAUCUUGCAUCAUGCCGAGCAAGCAGAGAACAGUGGCGUGAGCCAGUCGGAAUUUCUAGCCGAAUUUCCACGUGAAGAAUGGAUAGUACAGCACAAUCUACUCCAAAUGCACAAAACGCGGCGUUAUACUCCCCAGGCCAGCCUCUUGUACAUAUUAGCCGAGUCUGAUGCGUCAGGCCUUAUUCGUGCCCAUAGAUCUUGGCAGUCCUUCUUCAAAGUCGAAGACGAGCGUUAUGGACUCCCGAUCCUGGCAGCAAUGGCCACAAAAAGUACUUCCGCCGUACAGACCAUGUUGAAAAUUCAUGGUAAUCAGUCAUCAAAAUUCUCUUGGGCUUACUUUCAGAGCAUCACACCAUCACCUCUUGGCGACUUUUUCUGCAGUUCUACUCGAGACUUCAAUUUCAACAAAAGACGGGAAACUACUGCGGAGCUUCUCACACACGGAUGCGAAGGGUUGCUACUAUUUCUGCUUCUCGCAGAUCAAUGUGACCUUGGGUCCAGAAGUAGCACUGGGAGAACGCUACUGGAACUUGCAAUAGACAAAGGAUACAACAUUGUGCUUAAAGAGCUUCAUCAAAGAAAAGACACCAUUUCUACUAGAAAUAAAGUUCGUCAAGCAUGGCUUAAGGCAAAAGAUGUUGCAGUAGUCAAGUUCCUUCUUACCUUGGGCGCUGACACUUCCGUUCAAAAUGAAUUGGGGGAAACGCUACUGUUCAGAUCGAUACAGACAAAAUCAAAGAGGGGCAAUGAAGUAGCUAAGCUACUUAUUGAGUCUGGCGCUGAUUGUUCUAUUGCCACUGACCAGGGCGAGACUCCAUUGCACUGGAUCAGCAAAAACUUCCACUCACGAGAUAUGGAAGCUAGCAUUGUCGAUUUGCUGGCUGAAAGCGGUGGCACCAACGGUCUGUCAAUCACCGAUAACGAGGGCAGGACCCCCCUUCACCACGCUUGCAGAAAUUCUAACUCUACCGAGGUGGUGGCAAUGUCACUUAUUGAACGUGGUGCUGAUGUAUCGGCCACCGAUAAUAAGGGCAGGACCCCCCUUCAUUAUAUUGCUAUAAAUUCAUCAUUUGAUUCUACCUGGCUAGAAAACGUCGGGCUACUGAUUAAACACGGCGCCGACGUUUCGACUACCGAUAUCGAAGGAAGAACGCCAAUCCACUACGCGUGUAGCAACGCGAGAUACUAUAGCGAUAUAAUUUGGGAACUAGUCACGUUACUAGUUCAGCACGGCGCCGAUGCGUGGAUUACAGACCAAAAGGGAAGGACUCCACUUGAUUAUGCCAAUGAGAUAAAUAACAUCGAAGAGUGA